ACUAAUAAGGGUGGCUUUGAUUAAAUGACGCGAAUUGCGGUUGAGGUAUUUUUCGGUGUUACUUUGUAGUUGAGGUCUGGGGGAUAUAAAUCCCUCAGGUAGCCCUCUCCCCUCUUCUCAUGACCAUUGCACUCUGCGCAGUUUUUGUCGGUUUAAUUCUAAAGAUUCUUUUCACUGAGAAACGAAACGACAUCAUGUCGCUUCUUCGUCCGGCUCUGUCCAUUCCAGGACAACCUACAACUCGUAAUAUUUUGUCCCAACAUCCGUUGUUCAUCCCGUUUCAACAUGGCCAUGGCCACAAACAAAUACGAAACUACUCACCUUCUCAUGACCACCAAAUAACUGCUACCCGGUCUACGAUCGCCCAACUCCUUAAUCAUAUUGACUCCCACCACACAGCAAAUCAAUACCUGACUCAUUUCGCCUCCACACACUCCCCAGCGCAUCCCUUCGCGGUAAUAAAAGUCGGCGGCGCGAUUCUCACCUCGCACUUGCAAACUCUCACAUCUACCCUCGCUUUGUUCAGCUGUGUCGGCCUAUACCCCGUCAUCGUGCACGGCGCUGGGCCUCAGCUGAACCAGAUCCUAGAGGACGCUGGCGUGGAGCCGCGCUUCGAGGACGGGAUCCGAGUUACGGAUGGGCAGACGUUGGCGAUUGCGCGCCGGCUAUUUCUGGAGGAGAAUUUGAGGCUGGUGCAGGCGUUGGAAGCGGCUGGGGUCGCAGCGAGGCCGAUUACGGCGGGAGUGCUUCGGGCGGAGUAUUUGGAUCGGAAGAGGUAUGGGUUUGUGGGGAGGGUAAGGGAAGUUGAGAAGGCGGGGAUUAUGUCGGCCGUGAGAGCGGCUUGUCUGCCCGUGCUUACUUCGAUGGCUGAGACUGGGGAUGGGCAGGUGUUGAAUGUCAAUGCGGAUGUUGCGGCCGUGGAGUUGGCGAGGGUGUUGAGGCCGAAGAAGGUGGUUUAUUUGGCGGAGAAAGGGGGGUUGAUGCAUGGGGUUACCGGGAAGAUGAUUGAGAGGAUCAAUUUGGCCGAGGAAUAUGAAGAUCUCAUGGCGCAAGAGUGGGUGAAGUAUGGGACUCGGCUGAAGAUCAAAGCUGUGUCGGAGCUGUUGAGGGAUUUUCCUGGGAUGGAGAGUGUGUCGAUUGUGCAUCCCGUGGAUCUGCAGAGGGAAGCUUUUGUGGCGUCUGGGGCGGGGACGCGGAUCGAAAGGGGUACGAGGAUUUUGAGUACAACUUCUGCGGAGUUCAGGGAUGAGGGAAGGUUGGUGAGGGUAUUGAGAAAGCAGGGCGCUGGGGACGACGAGGUGAGGUUCUGUGUGCAGGAGAUGAGGAGCAAUCGGCCGUUCAAGAUGUAUUUCCAGGAUCCGGCGAACAUGAGCCCGUUGGCUAUUGUGUCGUUUGGGUAUGGGAGUGCGCCGCGCUUGGUCACGUUUCCGAACCGGAGUGUGGACUCUGAUGCGGUUGCGGAUGACAUGUUCCUCCGGAUCACGAAGGACUUUCCCAAGUUGGUGUGGAAUGUCCCGGAGAAUGAUGGCAGGCUUGACUGGUUUUCGGCUCGCGCAACGGGGAGGUUUCAUUAUGGUGGCUGGGCUAUGCUUUGGUAUGGCCUGAGUCAGCAGGAAGCGAGGGAGUUGAUAUUGGGGUUGCAGGGCAACUGCCAGGACACUGAUCUCGAGAUGGAUUCGAGUUAUGGUUCUUAUAGACACGUUGCUCAGGGAUGAUGCGGAUUUUGCAUGGCGCUCUUUGUCUCAACACUAGUUGAGCUGGCUACAUGGAUGUUGGGGCGCCAUCUUGUUUCCUUGCCUAAUUCUUGCUGCUAUUAUUGAGAUCGACUCCGUGGAUAAUAAUGGACCUGAAGUUUCUUUGUCAAACGCAUUCAGAGAGUUAGGACGGGAUGUCCUUGUUUCUUGGCUCCUGCCAUAUCGAUCGAAAGACACCAAGUCAGACAGAUAAAGAAAAGAGACGAGCGGAGCAAUGCAACAAAACUGGCUGGACUUCUAAAAACGUGAAGGCUGAUUGUCUGUCAUUCCAGUCCUGAGCUUCCGAUCGCAGUAGCAGUAGCAAGAUGGAUGCAUCGUACCGAGGUUCAGGCGAGAGGAGGGAUCAUGUAGUCAGCGAGGCGGCUUACUGCCUUGAUUGUGUUGCUGUCGG